CCCCGCCAUGCCAGACGAGACCGAGCCCCUCCUCCGCGCGGCCAAUGUCGACGGCAACGACGACGACGAUGAUCGCUCCGAGACGCAGAAGAAGGUCGGCGAGCUGCUCGAGGCAAAGUCGACGCACCGUUUUCUGCUCAUGCUGAUCGCCAUCGACGCCAUCUUCGUGCUCAUCGACCUAGGCUAUGUCAUCCUCAACCCGCCGUGCGAGGGCGAAGCCAAGCCCCCGCCCAUCCUCGAGUGGCUCUCGCAGGCGUCCCUCGCCAUCGACCUGCUCUUCCUCCUCGAGCUCCCGCUCGAGAUGUACGCCUUUGGUCCGCGGUUCUUCGGUCUGAGCCUGCAGAAGCGGCCUGCGCCUCACUUCGUCCUGCACAUCUUCGACGCGCUAGUCAUCAUCGGCACGGUGAUCCUCGAGAUCGUGCUCAGCGGACAGGAGCGCGAGCUCGCGGGCCUGCUCGUCGUCCUGCGUCUCUGGCGCAUAGUCAAACUCGUACGCAAGGGCGCGCCGGAAGUCAUCUCACAUAUCAACCAGGUCGGCGGCGUCGCGACCGGCGUCGGCGAGUGGGACGAGUCGGCCGUCACGGCCGUCGCCAAGUCGCGCGCGCGCAUCGCCGAGCUCGAGGCGGAGAAUAAGAACCUCAAGACGCUGCUGGGAAUGUCGCUUGACGACGAGGUCGCCGAGGACGGCGGGCGGGCGCAGCGCGCCAUCUCGCCCCCGCGCGCGAGCGACGUUGACUAGGAGUUGGUACCGGUAGCCCGUAACGACGUGCAUGGCCUCGUACA